GAAACCAAAAAAAGAGUAAAAUAGAGAAUGAAAUGAAUCAAAAUUCUGUAAAACGCUAAAGAUAGACGAACUACUUCGAUUAGGGUUUUCCGCUAUCCCCUUUUGCUUCAUUGAAUCGGAUUCUCCACUGAUAUUUCGACUCUUCUUCUCUCAGAAUUUCAGCGAGUUUACCUCCUCCAUAACUCAGUUAUUCUUGAGAAGCAUAUCGAACACUGAACAUGAUGUGGAUGGUGGUGUGAACUUAAAUUCUUUGAUUACUGGUUUAGUGUGGUGCAGGGGAUGCAUGGUCAAGGGAAUUACGAUACUCCGGCUGGGCAAGAUCCUUAUGGACGGCAGCCUGCAUUUCAGCAACAUCCUGCAACCACUGCUCUGCCUACAUCCCAUUAUGGCCCACUCCCUCUCCCUCCUCCUCCACCUCCACAACCACAAAUUAUUCAACACGGUCACCCAUCUUUUCAUCCAAGGCCUGGUGCUGUGGCAUAUCAGCAUGCCAUGACAAAUGUUCUACACCAUGGUCGACCUGCCCCAGUUAUGUCAGGUGGAAUGAGUGCUGCUCAAUCUUACGGACAUCAUCCAAGACCUCCUCAUAUAAGUAGCCAAGUCUCUCAUUCAUAUCCAAGUAAUGAGCAACAGCCUACACCCUGGAAUCAAAAUAUACAUCAACGCCCUCCUCCUCCUCCUCCACCAUCUCUUCAAGGCCAGGGUGGCUAUCAAUUGCCUUCUUCACAAGCGCAUACUCUUGAAAGAGGACAUCCUUCUCAUGCUCCCCCACCCCCGCCACCAUGUUACCCAUCUAGUUCUAAUGUUUUGACAUCUGAUCCAUGUGGGUCCUCUGUGAUCCCAAUGCGGGAACAUUCCUAUCAACAACCAAUUGCACCAGUGCUGACUCCCCCUCCACCGCCACCUCCACCUCUUCCCCCUUCGCCACCUAGAGUCCCACCUAUUCCACCAUCAUCAGAUACUAUAUCAAAGAAAGAAGGAAAUCAUAGCUGGAAGGGACUACCAGAUUCGGAAAAUUUAAAGUUAGAAUGUUCACCGCCUGGGAAGCCCAUGGAUGAUCGAAGUAUACAUGAGCAGGCCCAGUUUCAACACACUGAAAGUGGACUUAAAGUGGGUGCUGAGGCUGCUCAUUCCCCCACCGAUUCCGAUAUGGACAUGGAAGAUGAUAUCACUUACCCUGAUGAGGAGAAAAAGAAUUGCUCAUAUGUUAAUUCAAAUGAUGAGAUUGGUUCGAUGCCCCUUGAAGAUUAUACAACAGAGAAACUACAAGCUCUUCAUCAAACUGGGGGACAUAGACUCCCUGCAAUUUCAGUAUGUGGAAAUGUAUUGCCCAGUGAAGUGACUGAAGUCUCAAUAGCACAUGCCAAAGAAGGAGGCUCUGAAGUCGCUUUUAAUUAUAACUUCCCCGUCACCAUGAAGGUAUUUCCUAGAGCUGAGUCAGUCAAGACAGAAAAUGGACAAAAUGAGAUCUCCUUGGAUGCUAGCAUAAACGUGUCGCCUUCUGUGGAUAAAUAUUCUGGACAAUCCGGGGGAUCAGUUGUCCAUCCAGAACCUGGUUACGGGGUACUUCCUGGUCAGCUCGUGAAAUGCUCAAAUCCUUCUAAAAUAUUACAGGGUUAUUCUCCCAACAGUAAUUCAGCAAAUGAGGAGGAAAAUCUUGGAGAUGUCAGCUUCCCAUCUACAAGCGAUGCAACUACAAAAUAUGAUGCUAAGCAGCAUGCUGUUGGGUCAGAAGACAUUCGUAAGAGUCUGUCAGAGUCUAAUAAGUACCUGCUCUCUGAGUCAGUGACUGGAUCACCAAGAAAUGGGACACAAUCUGAUAAAUUGGAUGUUCAAACUGGAGUUGUAGCGGAAUUUUCUGAUAGAGGUCAAAAACCUGUAAGCAGUGAUGGCACUUAUACUGCACGUCAAUCAAAAGAUCAUUCGGCUUAUUGUGAUGAAAAUGUUGGUCUUGAGGAGGCCAAUGCACACAAGGAAAAUAUGAAAACUGAUAAACCGAAGGUAGACGAAUUUGGUAGAUUGAUUAGGGAAGAUGUUAGUGACAGCGACAUGAGUGACUCACCACGUCACAUGCGGAGGCAUGAAAGAAGAACCAGAAAAAGGAGUCCAAGUCAAAGCAGAAGUCGGUCACCUCAUGAUAGGAGGAGGAGGAGAAGUCCAUGGAGGAGAAAAGAGAGACGUGGCCGCUCUCGCAGUUUGUCUCCAAGGAGAAGAAAUAGGAGUCAGUCACCUGUUUUAAGGCAUGAUAAAAUAAGAAAAAAGAAGGACCAACUUCCAGAGUGCUUUGACUUUCUCCAAGGCAAGUGUUACCGUGGAGCGGCUUGUCGGUAUUCACACCAUGCAUCAGACAAGGGUGAGAGAUCAAGGUACAAUAGGGGAAAACAUCGUAAUUGGGAUACUCCACCUACUCUAGUGAGUCCUGAUUUUCACGAGGAGAGCAAUGUUUUGUCUGAAAAACAAAUGAAUGAUAAGGGUAGGAAACUUUCUCAAGAUAUGCCUGAUUUGUGGGAAGUAAAAGAUGCAAAAAGACUGCCAGUUGAUUCUACUACUCAGUCUCCUGAUAAAAUAUGGAACCUUUUAGGUUACCCUUCCCAUGACACAUUCUCAGGUAAACAUAAUUAUCUGAUUCCCGAAUCUGCUACAAAGUACUCUGAUAAGAUCCCUCAAAUUGUUGAUCAACAAGGUGAAAGGACAGAUGAUAGUUUUCCCCCUGAUUCUUCACUUGCACAAUUAUUAGCAGGUGCACCAACCCAUCAUCCAGCCGAUGGACAGGACCCUACUAGUCAACGGUGUUAUGCUGAAAGUCAUUUGGCAAAACUUUAUUCCAAUCAAGAAGUCCCAUCCCGGUCCUUAAAUCCACCUAUUGCCAAUCAUCCUUCCCGAUUACCCAUUCCUGUGCCUUCAACAUCUCAGCCUGUGAGUGCUUCAUUUGCUCCACCUAUAUUGCAAAAUUACAACUCAGAUCCACCUACUUCACAGAAUCAUUUGACCCCUGAAAAUUACUCCUCUUAUGAAGCACCGGUAAAUUACCAACAUUCUCAUUUUCCUGGUCCAUUAAAACCUGUAUCAAGCUUGCUUCUUCCACCUCCACCCCCACCACUACUACGACCACCAGUAUCUGUAGAACAUACCACUUUUUCACAACAUGCCCAGCAGUCUUUACUGCCUCCUUGGAAUGGUCUGUACUCUUAUUCAUCUGUUAGAAAUCAGCAAACUGAAAUGCCUAAUCGACCUCAGAUUGGUGAGUACCAGGCAAGCUGCUUUUCCCAGGAACCUGAUCAAAUGCUACAUAGAACUGAUGGUUCUGGAUCAAAUAGUUUGCAUGUGAGCAAUCAAACAAGUGGGGAGGGUGCUCCAUGCAUGAUGAGUGAAGGUCAUAUACCUGGAGAUCUAGCACAGGGAAUUAAUUCCUCAAAAUCAUUUACUCAGGCUCUAACUAAUCCCUCACUGAGGCAGUCACCAUUUAAGGGAUUCCAAAGUUCUCUAGGUGCAGGUCUUUCUUCUGAGAGUAAUUCUUCUCACUGUCACCCUUAUUUCCAGCAGGCUUCUUAUGGCAUGCAAUAUUCUGCUGGUGGUGAUGCAAUAUUCUCGGAGCCUGGGAUGAGGAGUUCCUCUGCUUCUAGAAUCACUCAAGAUUUUCUUGAGAGGAACCGCUCUUAUGUGCAUGGCUUUGUUGGGUCAAAAAUUACAAAUCAUUUCAAUCCUUAUGCAUCAACUUUUGAUCUUCCACUGAGCUCCAAACUCAGUUCAAGCUCUUUUGCACGGGAAAAUGAUGCAGCCACUGAUACUACCUAUGGCACCCCAGGUGAUCCACAUAGAAUUCAAAAUGCUGGCUCUAAAAAUGUGAUUUCUUUGAGUUCUGUAUUGCCACCUGAAUGUGUUUCAAGACCAACCAGCAAUCAGUAUGAUCCACUAUUUGAUAGCAUUGAACAAAAUUCAAAAUCAUUUUGUGAAGCUGAUCAUCUAAAACAUGAAAUUACUGGUGAUUCUGAUGAUGUUCUGAGGUUUCAUGGAUCCAGAAGGUUGGAAAAUAUGGGAGCUAUAAAGCAGGAAGUGGAAACAGCUGUAUCAGCCGAUGAUUCUUUAGAAAAAGAAGAAUGUGGGGAGACAGCUGACUUGGCCGUGGUACCUGUCCCGAAUAGCAGCCCUAGUAAUCCUAAUGAAGCACCUGACAUGGAUGUAGGAGAAUUUGAGAUUGAUCAGGUUAAGACUUCAGGAAAAAACAAGAAAAGCAAGGAGAAGUCUUCGAAGCAUUUUAAGAUUUCGAUUGCUGCUUUUGUGAAGGAUGUUCUAAAGCCAUCAUGGCGGCAGGGUAAUAUGAGCAAGGAGGCAUUUAAGACCAUUGUUAAGAAAACUGUUGAUAAAGUAUCUGGAGCUAUGAAGAGUCAUCAAGUACCUAAAUCCCAGGCAAAAAUAAAUCACUAUAUUGAUUCUUCAAGAGGGAAAUUAACAAAGCUUGUCAUGGGAUAUGUUGACAAAUAUGUUAAGGCGUAAGAUCUGACUGGAGCCUGCAUAAAAGAUUCGAAUUGUCUGCCUUGACUUUUAGAUCAUGCUCCAGAUUUGCAGGAUUAAGAGGAGUAGGCCCUUUAAUUGCAUUGUCCAAAAGGAGAGCUGGUUGCUUUCGGAAUAAUAGUAGGCUAGAUGGAUUGUUUUGGUUAAUUAAAUCAAACAUCUCCAACAAUUCUCAAGUAAAGCCUACUGCCAAUGUCAGAAUGCUGAUGUGAGUGUAAAUAUUUCCACAGUUAUGGGGGAGUUGCAAUAUUUGUACGCAAUGCAUUCCUUUCGAGCUAGGUCUUCUACAUCUUUGGUUAUACCUUAUCUGUAUAUGUUUCUUCUUUCACGAUAUAUUAUUGUUUAGUUUUCUUGCUUGUGCAAUGUAUAUAUAUAUUGUCUAAUACUAAAUCUCUUUUGAAAAUUUUUGAACUUGUAGUAUGCUCCCUCCCUGUUGCCCAAGCCGUCCCAUUGUCAUCCAUUUUCUUAUUUGCUCUAUCCACCAGUGCUGUUUACACCUGUUUCUCUACCAAGAUGUUGUGGUCCUUGUGAAUGGCUGGAGGUUCUUACAUUAAAUUGCCUCUGUUGACAUAUGUUUAUAUCCAACCAUGUCCCCUGUGAAGCAUGGUGCAACCACUGCAGGGACUACUUACUGCCGGUGUGAUAUAAACUGCAGGCUUUGCUGCUAUAUUCGAGGCUUGAGAUGCUUAAAGGGGCAAUUGCCAGACCACUAGUUUGGUAUUAUGAGGUAAGGUUUAUGAUGUGGACAGUUUGAAGAGUGUCCCUCUGUAGAUUUGAGGUGCAAUUACUGAAUCGAAUUUCUUAGGUUUGAAGUUAGAAUGUUAUCCAAUUUGAUGGUAUAAAUUCGGUUUGACAUCUUAUUUGGCUCUGCCCAUUUAAACCUCAGUGACUUUUUUAUCAGAGCUAUUUUGUAUACGGGAUUUCAUGUUGUUUUCUUAGCCUUUUUUUUUUCUGUUACCCAAAUCAUUAAUGAAUACAGUAUGAGAUAUUUACUAAUUUAUAUUUAAGUAGAACAUUUCAAGACU